CAGUCUUAUCCUGGCUACUAUCAACAUUCAGAUUACGAUCUUGGGAUGCCAGCGGAUGAUCUUGAACUUGAUAACAAAAACCCCUUUGCUGAGUCACUCAGUAACCAGGAAGUGACCAGCACACCGUUCGAUGACGAUGAUGACGAGGAUUUUUCCCCGCCCAGUUUAGUACCCAACGGGGGCGUUAAAGUGAGGGCGCUCUACGACUACAACAAAGUAGAGGAUGACGAGCUUUCAUUUAAGCAAGGUGAUGAGUUAUUGAAACUGACAGAGGAGGACGAGCAGGGCUGGUGUCGUGGGAAACACGGAAACAUUGAAGGCUUGUACCCCGCAAACUAUGUGGAGGAGAUGUGAGAAUUCAUCCAUGCAUUACCGGAAUUCUCAAGACCUUUCUAUACAUGCUAUCCAGUGUUAGGUGUUUACUAUGGUGUUAGGUGUUAACUAAGGUGUAAGAUUCCCUCUGGUGGGGAUUCUCUUGAAUGGGAUGCUUUUUAUGAAAGAGAUGUGAUUUCAUGCCAAAUGAUUGAUGGACAUGCACCACUGUGUUUUUUUAAUACAAAUUUUCAACUUACAUGCACAUGAAGAAUCCAAUUCCCAUUCAAUUAAAUAUAAUGGUGUUUGGUCGGUAUGAAUUUAACUCUCAUUGAUGUUUUGAUACAUCCGACCCCGUCUUAGGUAUGAAGCUAUGUAAUGAACUGCAACCAGUGUAUUGAAAAUUCAUUCAUAUUUUUUGUUUAAAAUUAUGUUGUGAAAGUUUUUCAUGCUCAUAUCUUGGCUCUUCACAUGUCGUUCAUUUGUAAACCAGGAGUUGCGGAAAGGUUUCAAGAGGGGGGGGGGGGGGGGUAGUCUAACCAUGAAAAAACCCUGUCAGAUGAUCGUUGUCGAACCCUCCCCGGUUCCCUGGCCUCUAGAAAGUCAUUCAUAACUUUGAAUAUUUUAUGAAAUAACCUUCAACUUCCUCAAGGUGCUGUAACAUACAAGCCUAUCACUUGAUGUAACAUAAACCCCCCCGCGAUGUAAUGUGUAAAUCAUAUCGCCUUAUAUUACUUAAUCCCCUCCUGUAAUAUAUGAAGCACAUUGCUUUACUUUAAAUUCCCCCCUUCCCCUCCCCACCUCUGUGAUAUUUCUUUCAUGCGGACAAAACCACAGAGUACAAAUAGUCCAACUCACCUUCUUAAAUAUGUGCAGGGCGGGGCUUCAAAAAGCUGUUCAUAAGUCGCAACUUUAUUCAAGACUGGUGAUCUGUAAAGAGUUGCAUUUAAGUACUCGAUGGAUGUUUUGUUGGACAAUGUCUGUUUUAUUAGUUUUAUCCAACUGUUACCAUAGUAACAGUCAGACACCCGCGCUUCUCGGUGAAUCACACUCGAGUUGUCAGGUUAUCAGACGACAUAUAUUGACGAAACGCUCACCCGAUCUUCAGUAACAAUAUGAAAGUAAUACAAGGUCAUACCUAUUUACAUCACCUGACAGUAACCUUUGGUCAGCUGAUCUGUCACAUUUCAAGUCACAUGACUGAUUUAUCAUACAGUAAACCAUACCUAACAUAAAUGAACAGGUUCAAUUAACCAAUGUGUUUAAUUUCUAAUCCAUGUAUUUGAAAUGUACGCUAUACAAUGUAAAUAUUUUCUUUAUUUUUUCAUUCGUGUAUUCUAAACCAUCUGGAUAGGUAUUAUAUGAAGUAUUUUUGUUUGUUAUUGAUAUUAUUUGUUCAGUACAAAGUCGAUGCAUUUUUGGGAGAUACAUGUAAUCUUUUCUUUAUUUCUCAAUAUGAUUUGUACUGUAGGAUGAGUACUGCUUAUAUUACUAUCGGUUUACAUUUCUAUUUAUUUAUACCUUUUCCUUUUCCCCAUCAAACCUGGGCGGUGUUUCACAAAGAUUUAGGUAUGAUUCAAAUGGCACAAUAUCUAACGCAGCACUCCAUUGGACAGAUCAUGUGCACACUAUCGCAUAUUAACCAAUGAGAACGCAUGUUGAAUAUCAUGUUUGUAACUGUCUGUGAAACCUGCAACUGUAUUUGAAUAUCAAGUAAUAUUAUCUUUAAUUAUUUUCCUAUGUUAGAGCAAAGGAUAUAUCAAAUUGUAAAAUUGUUUACAUUACUUUUUUAUCUGUUAGAAGAAGGAUCUUUGAUAUUAAAUGUACUAAUAAAAGUUUUUUUUUUAAAGAAAUCAAAACGGUAAUUACAAUCACCGAAUCGAUCAUUGUGUGGGUAAACUUAGAAAUAAAAAUGCGAUAUCUAAUGGGGUGAAUGGUAGGAAAUGAGUUACAUAAAUCAGUUUUGUGAGACUGGUUUCACAAAGCAUGGCAUCCCAAGAAAUUUGGCCAUGCAUAAGCAUCCAUAUUCAUUUUUUUGUAAAUGUUAUAUUGAGUAGAGCUUUGAAACUUACAUGUAGGUUUUUUUUUAAAAAUAAGUUUCAUAUUCCAUUCGCUUAUCAGCUCUGGUGCUGGUUUCUAUUAAACCAUUAUAACUGUAUAUGUACAUUCAUGUAUAUACUGAUACUUGUUUUGGUCUAAUAUUCCUUUGAUACGCCCCUUCCCCUUAUGUCUCCUCCCCCUUAUAUGCCCCUCCCCUUUAUAUGCCCCUCCCCUUUCUCUCCCUUAUAAUUUUGUACAAUAAGUGUAAUAAUCAUAAACAUAAUUGUAUCAGUUUGAUGUGAAAAAUCCGCCCAAUGUGUAAAUGUGAAUGCAUCAGGGAUAGUGCCAAUCGUGUAAAUGUUCUACAAAGAAGUAUAGCGCCCUCAUAGUUAGGAAUUAGACACAUCACAUUAUCCCUGUAUAUAAACUGAACCCCUUUUCUGCUGCAAGACCCCAUAGUUUGUGUUUGAUAUUUAAGAUAUGUAGACGUCAUCACACUUUUGUCUGUUCUUUGGAUGUUGAAUGUUUUUAUACUUCAGAGUAGAAAACGAUACUCGUGCUGUAAAUACAUCUCUAAAUAUAAAUCCUUAAGUUCUCUCGCUUUGAUAUCCAGUGCAUCCCGGUGAACGGGAGACCCAUUUUCAGGAAUAGGUGUCCCAAUCAUCAAUAUUUGUUGGUUUCAAAUUUGACAUUUACAGAAAUGAGAAAAAUCUACUAAUAGAUUUGAGACCAAGUUCUCAGUGGACUCAUUACACAUUGCAGAUUACCACCAAUUAAUUCAUGUUAUAUAAAUGUUUUAGUUGUAUUCACUAAACUAGAAGAUUUUUCUUAGACCUAGAAUAAUAAAAAAUUUAUCUUAAGCAAAUAAAAUUAACCCUGACUUCAAAUUUAUUUGAAUAAAUUAAAAAUGCACAAAGGUGAAAAGUUCAGCAAAAUUAGAUGAAAAUGAAAAAAACAUGCCAGCAAUGUUUUUUCCUUGAAAAUUUGGAAUAUGCAUAACGGCCUGGAAGGCAAGUGAACCAAUGGCAUCACAAAGCAUUUGUUUUCUUGCGUAUUUUGUUAUGUAAGAUUAUUUCAAUUUUCGAUACCAGCACAUCUAUUUUAAGAAUAAAGGAUGUUAAUGCUUAUGACUUUUGGAAACAGUUUAAGUCAUCAUUACUAUUAUUCAUUUGUGAUAUACGGUAUGAGACAUAUUAUUUAUACAUAUGAGUAUAUAUAUAAUAAGUACAUGUAUGUGAAUUCAUAAAAUGAAGUCCACUAAAAUAAACUUAUUUAGAAAAAAAUGAUAUGGUAUUUAUACAGGGCCUGAUAUUCAUAAUCCCUAUGCGCUUCACGCAUUGCAUUAGAAAUUUGAAAGAAUUAUUACUUUAUGUCAUUAGCUCCCCAAUUUACAUGAGGACAAUGGGCCGGUAUCACAAAGAUUAGUGAUUAAUCAUACAGUUGAUUUAUAUGUGUAAUUGCACAUAAUGAUGAGUGUAAUCGAUUAUAAAAUCAGACUUAUGAUCAAAUGCUAAGUUCUGUGAUAUAGGGCCCAUAUGUUUCAGUCCUGGUAUUGUUGAAGCAUUCUGAAAUAAUAGUCAAUAUUCAGGUGGUUAUUUUGGGGGACAUUAGGGCAUGUAUUUUUAAGGAUUUAAAGAUAGUACUUAAUAACUGUAAAUUAUGUUAAAAGACAGCUAUACGAUACAUGUAGGUCCUCAGAACAUAUCUUAUAGAUUUUAGAAGAAUUCUAUGAGUUGAUCAUUUGAACUUCAUAAUAUCAUCUCUGAUCUUAGUAAUCAUAUCUUUAGUAGCUUUGACUUAUUAUCUAGUAAAAUGAAAGGUUAGACAUUGCCAGUGGAUCACAAACCUAGCUGCAGUUGUAAAAGAUAAAAGACAUGUUUGUGUUAACACUUAUCUUUGUUAAUGAGUCGCAUUAGUCUCCUGAAAAUGAUAUCCUUUUAUUUUUAGAUUAUGGGCAAGAUCUUAGGUUGAUUUCAUGGAGUUUUCAAAAGUUAAAAAUAUAUAUAUGAUGAAUAAGGGAUUUUUUACAGCAGAUAAUAGCAAUAAUAUAUACUUUGAUGGAAUGAGAA